CCAUCGGUGAACCACCGCGAACAGCACAUUCCAGUGUUACUCGACUUCCCGUUCUAUUACGAACUCCUAUACGAUUUAAUAGUUUGUAUUUGCUGAUCAGUCUACUACGUCGAAAAGGAGAAUGAAGACCUCGGCUACAUACAGCAGUAUGUUGAUGGUGGGCACCCUUGCGCUGUUGCUUUGCGCAGUCGUCGCUGCGCCGAUGGAUGCGGAAGACGAGCAGACGCAGAACGGCAUGGAGGCACAUUCCAAUGAUAUCAACGACGUUGACUACUCCGGAUCCAUGGACGCCAUCAAUACUGCUGCUCUAAGAAAACUACUUCUGCAACUCGAUGCUGACGACAGACUGGCCCGUGUAAGCCGGUCAUGGCCGCAAGCUGAGCCGCGCAGCUGGGGCGUACGGGCGGUUCUAGACGGAAGGCUGGCGAGGCAGUGGCGCGCGGACAAGAGGCAGGUGCGAUUCCGUCAGUGCUACUUCAACCCUAUCUCCUGCUUCCGCAAGUGAACUCCCUACACACCGCUGAAGCCUACCUCGCUCUCAUACGACCUGAACGCCUAGAAUGGCUAGGCGCUACAGUCGACUCACGUUAGGUCCAUUUUUCACCACUGCUACUAAUUUUUAGCAAAUGAAGCACAGUUCCUUAUUUACCGUAUGUUUACCGUCUAUUCUUUCAAUUAUCAAAUGUCAAACACAUCGAGGUUAUAACAAAUGUCUUAAUUGUGUGCUUGUUAAUUACUAGAACAAACGUUAUAAACAUGAAAUUGUUUUAUUUUGAAAUUUCGGUAGCAGUGCAAUAAAUUCAUCUAAUAUACUCUCUGACUUUUGCUAUGGUUCUUUUAGUACACGCUGAAUAAAAGACAAUGUAAAUAAAUUUAGAAACAUUUUCUAAAUCUCAGGAGUUCUCACUGGUAACAUUUUAAAAUAAUCGACUAUUUUUCAUUAGAUAUAAGCGUUACAAUG